AUGGGUAAGUACAACUUUAACGUCCUGGCCAGUCAAGGCUCUGAAUUGAGGCAGUUCAGUGCCGUGGAAUACAGUUCGUCCUUCGAUCGAGAAUUGGCCAUUCGCAUUCGCGAUGACUCACUUUCCGCGGAUGUCGAUUCUCCGUCUCACGGUUUACUCAAUGACAUCCACCCAAUCCAUCUGAAACCUCAUGCCACAAAAUCAAACGUUUUCACACACAGGAUGACUUACUGCACUCGUCUCAAUGCGUAUUAUGAAAACGGUGUGACCGACAGAAUUUACAUUGAAAAUUGGGAUCGAGGGACAUACGAUUAUCGAAACGUUGUUCGCGUGCAAUCAUUUGAGACAAAGAGGCAUGUUUGUGUGCGCAUUGAUUUGUCGUUUGUCAUCAUGUGCAGUGAUAAAUUGAAUUUCAGGAUUACGUCCCUCACUCUCCGGCUGAUCCACAUACUGGUCGACCGCAGUGCAACCAUAGAAUGGGACAUCGCUCCGGCUCCGUUAGAGGAUGGUGCCCCUCUGAACUGGAAGAAAAUAAAUUUCCCGGGGAACAUGUUUAAUGACGGUUACGGUCCAAUGUUGAUCGAGACCUCCAUAUCUAUAACGCGCAUGCUAAAGGGAUGCACCGGUUUCAUGUUGAGAGCCAGUGAAAUAAGUUGGGAGAACACCCUGAUCUUCCCACAAGACCUUCAAGAGUAUGGUCCACCGGGAGAAGGCGAAAUACUUCCUAUGGACAUUUAUCUUGAGCUAACGCCUGAUCCGGAUCCACGGUUGGUGAAAGAAAUCGUCCACCACACCGAACCCCUACCGAAAAUAGGCGGCCUGUUCAACGAAAAGUAUGCGUGUAACGUGGUCCCGCAUGACACGAAACCUGAAACAUUCUCACAUCGAAUGAGAUAUAACACCCGGACCAAUUCGUAUUAUGAGAAUGAACGUACCGAUAAGAAAUUUUUGAAGAGGUGGGAUCGUGGAACCCUGAAGCACGAGAACAUCUCUUACCAACCUGAACUCGAGAUACAUAAUAGAAAGGUUUAUCUGGCUCGAAAUCCGAAUAAAAUUUCCCUGCCGGCAUACAUCUCUUGGAGAUUCGAUUAUCGUCCCGGAGGUUACCUCAUCUCCUCUUUGACCCUGAAAUUGUCGCACUCUUGCUGGUGCGAGUGUGCUAAAAUUGAAUGGUCCAUUUGCCCCUUACCCACCCGCGAUAAUACCCAACCCGAAUGGAAACCUUUACACUUUAACCUCCGGGAGGGAAGGAAUUUACGACGUACGUUCAAGUACUCCGACCAACGAAUAGAUGCGACCGAGCAUGUAAAGGAUCAAUACGGCUUCACCUUGAAAGCUCAUAUGAGUGGUGGCGUGUCAGACGGAAUGUGGAAAAAGACUCAACUCUUUAGACAGGAUCUGGAUAAAUCGGGGAAACUGGAUGGGGAGGAAGAGGAAACGUUUGGGAUGGACGUCCGUGUGGACUUGGUCCCCGACAUAAGGUGCGAGCCCACGGUUAAAGAGGUGAGAAUGAGGGAAUUCAUAAAAUCGGAAAAUUUAACGUGGUGCGAAUACACCAUCAAAGGUGAAAAUGUGGAAUCCGAAAGUUUGACGCGAAAUGACAAUAAAACCGAUUUUAACAUAAUUUUCAAAGCGCCCGGUCAUCACAUUCAAAUUAGUAUGCACCGUGCGGUUCUCGUGUCAUUCUCGGAUUACUUCGUCAAACUAUUUGACACGAAAAUGCGCGAAUCGCAAUUCGGUUAUGUGGAGUGGCCUCACGAUUCCUUGCUAAUGCUUGAAAUAAUUAUUGAGUACAUGUAUACCGGAGAAGUUAAGGGCAUUCACACCUUGGAGGAAUGGAUGGAGUUACUCCAGGAAGCAUCCGUUCCGGGUGUGGGAGGUAAUGGACAAAAUCCGGGUGGUAGCGGUAAUUUUGACCCAACAAGUCUAAUGAGUGGUAAUCCAAAAGGUAACAACGGUAACAAUGGUUUUGAUCCCACGAGCCUUCUGGGUGGCGCCAAUCCAUCAGGCGGGGGCAAUAAUCAAAUUCCCGGUCUCGACCCAUCGAUGCUCGCUGGUCAGAAACAACCACAACACGCACCCCAGGGCACACCUCAAGGGGCACCCGCUAAAACCGCGUCACCACAAAAUCAAGCCAAAUCUCCAAGCAUGUCUCCCAACACGGGGGGGAAUAAAGCACCAUCCUCGGGAACUCCCAAUGCAGCACCUGCAAAAAGCAAAGCUCCAGCUGCGCCCAAUGUUUGUAAGAUUCCGUGGCAGGAGAAAGAAAAGGCAUGCAUCUUGGUCAGCGGACCUUCCAACAAUACCAUCAUCCAACCUGGAUCCACACAGCGUAUAUCUUGGAAUCAGUCCCCUUGUCAAAUGAGCGCAAGGGUUGUCGGAAUGUUCCACGUGUUCUUGUAUAAUAAUUUGCAAGCGGUUCCGGACUCGAAGAAACGUGGUCUCGUGAAAAGGGAUUAUUCCCCAAAUGGCAAGGUUGAGAUCUGA